AUGUCACCGGGUUGGAGAGCACGAAUUGGAUUUGACCGUGUUUUGAGCACUGGAUUUAAUUGUAUUUGGAGAACUGGAUUCGACCAUAUUUGGAUUGUAUUUGACCGUGUUUUGAGUACUGACCUUGACUGUGUUUUGAGAGCUGGUUUUGACCGGAACCACUGAAGGACUUCCCAAACCCGCACGACCUCUCUGUGCCCUUUGCCCUCUGUGACCUCAGAGACGAUGUAGAGGGGAGACUAAUCCUGGAGCCGAAGAUGAUUGGCUUGAACUUCAGCUUGCAGGAGCUGCUCAGGAAAUUUGAAGAGGUAGAUUUGAGAUGUUUGAGAUCUUUUUGAGCUCCCGUUGAGACAAACUGAAAGGAAAGGUUGUUUAUUUUUGAUGCCACAGAUGAGAACCCAGCCUCAUACUAAAUCACUGUAGUCAAACACGUGAAGGUCAGCUCACCUGUUACUGUCAACCAGAGAACUUCACCUCUCUUCUAGCUUGGGACUCUGCUGACAUUUACUGUCUCUCUCCUUUCUCUCCCUCGCUCCCUCUCGGUCUAUGUAGUAUAAAGUGAGGCAGUCUGCUGAAUGAGUUUCUGAGGUUUAUGAAGUAUGAGGAGUAAUUAUUGAACUCAUUAAAGCUUUUUAUCGUGGUAGCAGCGUUAUUAGAGGGGCACAGCUAGAGUCUGCAGGGGAACACAUAGGGAGACUAAGAUUCUUAAAGUGCUUUACUCUCUGACGUCUGGAACGCUGUAAUGCUUUAUUAUUGAGGUUUUGCCACUUUGUGCGUUCAAGGUGCAUGUGUGUGUCCAGUAUUUGUUUACCAAAGCUGCUUGUUGAUGUGCAACAGUAACCUAACUUUCAGACGGCUAUUUUUAGUUUCUUAUUCUGUUUAUCCUUGUGUGUGUGCAGGCCGCCUUUUGUGUGUGUGUGUGUGUGUGUAAUAAUAAUAAUUUGGUGGGUGCUUAUAUUUCUCCUAUUUCACACAAGUGUGUAUUAAUAUGCACGUGUGAAUCGGAAAUCAUAUCCCAACUUUCCCUGAAACACCCUCAGAGAGUGGAGUCACGGCCAUUAUCAACGGCGAACCUGGAGCAAUUCGGGUUAAAGGCCUUGCUCAAGGGCACAUGGACAGAUUUUUCACCUUGUCGGUUCGGGGAUUCGAAUUAGCAACCUUUUGGUUACUAGCACAGCGCUCUAACCGCUAGGCUACAUGCAGCCUGCACGUGUGUUUGUCAGUCAGCCAUUCCUCUGAUCGGUACAUUUCUAAUGCCAGGUUCCUCUGCAAACCCAAAAAGGUGUAACAUUAGGCCCCCUGGGGAUAGUAUCUGUCAAUCUUCCAUUCAUUACUGGGUGAGACAGGGACAAAAUCCAUUAGCCACUAUCCUUAUGCUGCUGCUGCUCUGCGUUAGAAGACGGAGAAAAAGACAUGGCUUUGAUAGAGGGUUGUGUGUGGAACAGCCAUCAUAUGGACAUGGUUCAUCUAUUCCUAAACAUAGCGGCGGUAUUGUAAUGUAUUCCCAGUAGUGGUUCAGCCAUGGAAUGUCUCUCUCUGUGUGUGUGUGUGUGUGUGUGUGUGUGUGUCCUCGCCGUAGAAAUGGCAGACAUAUGUGACCCUCAUCUCCAGAGUCCUCAUUAGAAUACAGCUGAAAGGGCCGUGUGUGUGCGUGCGCUAAAAGUGUUGAUUUUCAUCUAAAUGAAACCAGUAAAUAAAACAUGGGCUUAUAUGAAUGAGCACUCUCAUGCAGCUGAUAUGAGAAGGCUAUUUGGCACUAGUGUGUGUGUGUGUGUGUGUGUGUGCUCAUGCGGAGCAUGCGUGCAUGGACUAUGGAAUGCGUGCAUCACCUCGGUAGCAUCUUCCCCUGGAAGAAAAAGUGUUCAGGAGGAAAAGCACUUUGGGAAUGAGCUGGAACCAAUGAUGUGUAUAAAACCUGGAUGACUGUUUUGAAGCCACUGCGCAGCCAUUUUGCUACUUGUCUUCAAUUGUAAAAUUUAAAAAAAAAGAAAAAUACAUUUUGGAAGCUAUACAAAAGCAUGUAUUAAUGUCUACAUUACUUUUUGUCAAGUAUAUUCUAUUACAGACACCUUAAUGCAUACUUUUAUAUUAAAUUAUGUGAACUACACAUAAACAACAAAAAUAAUAAUAUAUUAAAACAUAUUCCUUAAAGUACUAAUGUUACUGUUACAACUACAACAAAAAAAUACUUAAUUACAUGUAAUAUUGUCCUUGAAAUAUUUAAUUGAAAUACUGUAAAAUUCCAUUCAUUCUUGCUCCUUCUGAGGAGUACCAAUAUGGCAGCCGAUGGCUUCAAAGCAUGUCAUUGGCCAAUACAUAGCAUCAGCAAUCCAGGGUUUAUACACAUUGUCUGGAACAUAUCCAACUGACUCACUGGCUCCUCUCACUCACUCACUCACUCACUCACUCACUCACUCACUCACUCACUCACUCACUCACUCACUCACUCACUCACUCACUCACUCACUCACUCACUCACUCACUCACUCACUCACUCACUCACAACACACACACACACACUCUUUCUGCAUCUCUCUCCCCCUCCCUCUCUCUGAAGUAUCUCUCCUUAUGACCUUCAGUCAUUAGAUUUGUGGUGGGGAGAUAGAUGACUGUGAUAGAGAGAUUCACAGUAGAGCCCUUUCACCCUUUAUCCCUUCUUGUGAAAAUAACUGACUUCCUUUCCUCAGGACCAUGCUAUGCGAAUGACAGGGGUUGCACAUUGGGUAUUGCAGACAGACAGGCUACCAUACUGUGUGACGUGUAUACUGGCCUCUCUAAAAACAUACUUGACCUAAUGUCAUAUGUUGUUGUCAUGUGCAGUCACCAGUCGGUCAUAUGCCUGUUUGUGCAUAAGUAAUGUUUUGCCUGCUUUCUGUUGGUGCUUAGCUCUGUAUGAAUUUCAGUUUGGCAGUAUAUGAGUCCACUGUGUGAGCUCUUUUUGUGUGUGUGUCUCUGUGUGAGUGCUCAGGGUGUGUGUGUGUGUCUCUGUGUGAGUGCUCAGGGUGUGUGUGUAUCUCUGUGUGAGUGCUCAGGGUGUGUGUGUGUCUCUGUGUGAGUGCUCAGGGUGUGUUUGUGUCUCUGUAUGAGUGCUCAGGGUGUGUGUGUGUCUCUGUGUGAGUGCUCAGGGUGUGUGUGUGUCUCUGUGUGAGUGCUCAGGGUGUGUGUGUGUCUCUGUGUGAGUGCUCAGGGUGUGUGUGUGUCUCUGUGUGAGUGCUCAGGGUGUGUGUGUGUGUCUCUGUGUGAGUGCUCAGGGUGUGUGUGUAUCUCUGUGUGAGUGCUCAGGGUGUGUGUGUGUGUCUCUGUGUGAGUGCUCAGGGUGUGUGUGUGUCUCUGUGUGAGUGCUCAGGGUGUGUGUGUGUGUCUGUGUGAGUGCUCAGGGUGUGUGUGUGUCUCUGUGUGAGUGCUCAGGGUGUGUGUGUGUCUCUGUGUGAGUGCUCAGGGUGUGUGUGUAUCUCUGUGUGAGUGCUCAGGGUGUGUGUGUGUCUCUGUGUGAGUGCUCAGGGUGUGUGUGUGUGUAUGUAUGUGAGUGUCUUUUAUCUCUCCCACUUAAAAAUGGCCCGCGCUCAGGGGAGUCCCAGCUCAGUGAGAAAUGGAGCAGUUUUACUAAGAAUUUGACAGGAUCCUCCUCUUGUGUCAGUCUCCCUAUGGUGGUCCACACACACAGACACACACACAGACACACACGACAAGACACAGUGGUGGUCUAUACUGAUCGGGGUGGAGAGUGGAGGACAGGUUAGCCAGAGAGAAAAGGUUUCAAAAUGAAACCAGGGGAACACACACAUACACACAUUCACACACAGCACACCCUCAUCCAAAUUCUAAAUCUGUAGGGCCCACUCUCUGCCUUGCUUCAGUGCCCAGGGUCCCACUGUGAAUCACACACACACACUGACACACACCGGUCUCGUCAGGCAUUGCGUAGCAUCCUAUUAGCUUACAUUAGCGUUGUUCAGGGGAGCACAGCGUAUCAUUAGCUUAGCUUACUUUCAUGUAGCAGAACAUAGAGCUUCAUAGCAUAAGUAUGGAGACCCGGGUCGCUUGGUUAGGGUAGGAGGGGGUUUAGAAUGAAUUGUUUCUCGCUUGGGAGGCUGAGGAGUUUGGAAAUAGUUUACUUUCCACGAGUCCAGAGUAGCUAGAGGACAUUUGAAAGAUGUUUAAACUGCUCUGCCCCCUCUGUUUCGCUGGCUCUGCAAUGGCACACACUCAUCAUGACCAGCUAGCACAAGUGGCUCACUCUCUCCCUCUUCAACCCCACCAUCUUAAAGCUAAUAGAAAGUGAUUGUUGUUUUAUUUAGAUGUUUUGAUGUUGGUGGUGCAUCUCUGAAGCUGUGUAAUAACUGUACAACACAGACUAAAACCUUUCUCUCCUUCUCUGUUUCUCUAUAGGAUAUCCAGGCAGAGAUCGAUGCCCAUAAUGACAUCUAUAAGAGUGUGGACGGGAACAAGCCCAAGAUGGUCAAGGCCCUGGGGACCUCUGAGGAGGCAGUGUUUCUGCAACACCGACUGGAUGACAUGAACCAGCGCUGGAGCGACCUCAAGACCAAGUCGGCCAACAUACGGUCAGUACUAUAAUAUACUGACAACAUUCAGUCAGUAACAUAACACUAAACAACACAAGUCUGCUAACAUACGGUCAGUACUGUAACAUACUGAUAACAUACAGUAUGGUCAGUACUCUAACAUACUAAUAAUAACAUAUGGUGAGUACUGUAAUAUAAUGCCUUAAGAUCAGCACCGUAAACCUGUAGAAUGUAGAAGUCUAAAUACUGUCAGUACUGCAGCAUUCUUCCAACAUACAGUAAAAAGCCUCCCAAGCACAGACUGUACUGUUACAUCACAGAAUGCAGAUACUCAACCUCUCUAAAGGAAAAAAGUGCAGUCCAAGACUUUCAUAUCUUAAUCAUUCACUGAAUCUCCAUCCGCUUGACACUCACUCACAUCAUACUGUGACACUUUCUGUGUUUUGAAAGUUAUAUAUCUUGACAACUUGAUUGUUGACAUGCAAAACAUUUUGGGACUGUAUCAACAGUGGACUAAUGAAACAAAUACAAUAAGAUUUUCCUAUAAAGUAACUAUCCAGUGAAAAUCUCACUUUUUCAUACCCAAAUAAUGUUGUUUCCCCGUCGUAUACUCGUAUUUGUUGCCAAAGCAUAAACAGACCGUUUAAAAAAUGCUUGCUAUUUCCUCAUAGAGGAUGACGUCAUCCCCCUGAGGAGGAUAAGCUGUCUAAUCAGUGGUCUACUCACAUUAAUAUUUUUAAUGACCGGUAUGUGCACAUAUCAUUCUGCUGUUGGGGUUUCCAACAUUUUUAACAUAGUUAAUUGCCAUUUUUGUGAAGGAAAAACAAUGGACUCAUAUAUUGUAAUUAAUUAUAGGUCAUAUUUCAAAGAAAUCUGGAAACACUGGACAGUUACUUUAAAGCAUCUACUGGACCUACUAGAGUGCUGGUCUUAUGAUAUUUCUACACACUCUUAUUUAUAGUUGACCAUGACUACAAUCAAUCAUCGUUCCCAUUUAGAUAUGCAAGGGAGUGUAUGUCAUAACCAUGCUGAGUUGUUUGUUCUGUAAUAUUUAUGUGCAUGAAACUAUUCCAUAAACUCUAGCUAGAACAUGUAUGCUUUGCUUUGGACACAUGAAAUAUGCCCUCUGUGAGACUGAAUGAGCCAAUACUGUGCCACGUAACUCUGCAAAGCCUGGACAGUGGAGGAGCGGCCAAAAUCUUGGCAUAAAUAAAGAGAGAGAUUGGUGGUUAUGAAGAGAGGGUUGUGAAGCGGAGGAGAGGGUUGUGAAGCGAAAGAGAGUGUUGUGAAGCGGAAGAGAGGGUUGUGAAGCGGAAGAGAGGGUUGUGAAGUGGAAGAGAGGGUUGUGAGGUGGAAGAGAGGGUUGUGAAGUGGAAGAGAGGGUUGUGAAGUGGAAGAGAGGGUUGUGAAGCGGAAGAGAGGGUUGUGAAGCGGAAGAGAGGGUUGUGAAGCGAAAGAGAGGGUUGUGAAGCGAAAGAGAGGGUUGUGAAGCGGAAGAGAGGGUUGUGAAGCGGAAGAGAGGGUUGUGAAGCAGAAGAGAGGGUUGUGAAGCGGAAGAGAGGGUUGUGAAGCGGAAGAGAGGGUUGUGAAGCGGAAGAGAGGGUUGUGAAGCGGAAGAGAGGGUUGUGAGCGGAAGAGAGGGUUGGAAGAAGAGGGUUGUGAAGUGGAAGAGAGGGUUGUGAAGCGGAAGAGAGGGUUGUGAAGCGGAAGAGAGGGUUGUGAAGCGGCAGAGAGGGUUGUGAAGCGGAAGAGAGGGUUGUGAAGCGGAAGAGAGGGUUGUGAAGCGGAAGAGAGGGUUGUGAAGCGGAAGAGAGGGUUGUGAAGCGGAAGAGAGGGUUGUGAAGCGGAAGAGAGUGGUGUGAAGCGGAAGAGAGGGUUGUGAAGCGGAAGAGAGGGUUGUGAAGCGGAAGAGAGGGUUGUGGUGAGCAAAGGAGAAAAGUAAUAUAACUGAGGAAUAGUGAAGGAAGGUUAGACGGUGUUAGAAAGAUUGAUAUAUAGUGCACAAUAGAGUGGUGUGUGUGUGUAUUAUUUAGGGUCUGUUAUGUCUUGAUUACUGGGCAUGUAUAAUUAGAGUAGCUGCUAUGGGACUGUGUUGAAUGUAAAAACAAAGCAUUUAAGAGUACACACACACUGAAUAAUAAUACACAUUAUGCUGUAUAACACACACUUUGAUGUACACUCACACACACACAGAAUAUCUUUUACUAUCCUUAAAUUGAUUUCCAUUCAAAAUCCUAUUUUCCCUAACCUUAAAAUAGCCUUUGUCCUUGUGGGGACCUGGCAAAUGUCCCCACAAGGGAGAAUGUUUGUUGUUUUACUAUCCUUGUGAGGACUUUUGGGGAUUUCCAGUACCCACAAGGAUAGUAAUACAAGUCUACACACACACACUCCUGUAGAAUUGGUUUUGGCUGCCCUACAGAGAAGGAAACACCCAGUGUAGCGUUCAAUCUCUUGUUUCCUAGUCUUAAUGCUUCCAGAUGUUGGACAGGAGUUGUCAAGCAAACUGACUACUUUGAAAUACGUCCAGUUGUAAUGGUUGACACACCCACCCCAACCUUGGCAGUCUAGCCAUGGUUCUAACCAUGUUAUUCUGUCGUAGUAUCCACCUGGAGAUGGCUGGUUUAACCUUCUGCUUACAUAGAGAUGGACCUUAUCAUGGUCAUGUUUGAAACUGCUUUAACCAUGUCAUAACCAUCUUGUAACCAUGUUUCAACCAUGUUAUAACUGUAUUGUAAACAUAUUUUAGUUACUAGUUACCUGUCCAACAUUGUAAUCAGUAACGUAACUUUUGGAUUACCCAAACUCAGUAACGUAAUCUGAUUACUUUCAGUUGCUUUUGGAUUACUUUACCUUUAAGAGGCUUUAGAAGAAGACUAAAAGGAUCCAUCAAACACAUUUGGUUGUCAUCAUAGUGGUCUCUGACUUGUGGUCAGACUCACUCUGGGAGAACAAAGUUAAACUUGUGCCUUUUUUCAAUGCUAAAUUGAAUGUCAUUGAGAAAACAGAAAGGUGUAAUAAUGUAUUUUUUCACCAACAUUCUUUCUGAAUUUAAAAGUAAUCCUCUAGUUUUUCUAAAGUAUAUGUAAUCCGAUUACAACAUUUUUGCUGGUAACAUAACCGAUUACAGUUACUGUUUUUUGUAAUCAGAUUACAUGUGACCGAUUACAUGUAAUCAGUUACCACCCAACCUUGGUUGUAACCGUAAUGUAACCAUGUUAUGACCAUGUGUUUCCAGGGCUCACCUGGAGGCGAGUGCGGAGCGUUGGAGUCGUCUGCUGAGCCUGCUGGAGGAGCUGUGGAGGUGGAUCUGUCUGAAGGAUGAGGACCUGGCCAAACAGAUGCCCAUAGGAGGAGACGUCCCCACCCUGCUGCAGCAGCACAACCACUGCACGGUCAGUACCAUAACAAUGGUCAAUUUGAUUACUGCACGGUCAGUAGCAUGAUGAAUACAACCUCUGCAUGGUCAGUAACACGGUCAUAGAACUAUUGCACAGUCAGUAUCAUGAACCACGGUCAAUACAACAAUACCCACAACCCCUGUAGCCAAAAUGACACCCUCUAUUAUAAACAAAACCACAACUAUGACCACUACAAUAUGGUAAAUGUAACAAAGGUAGUGGUUCUUUAGUAUUUCGCGAUGUGGUUACUGUGCAAUGAUACAUAAUUACCCUUCAUAGUUGUGAUUCAGUCUCUGGUCAUGUUUAAGCCUGGCUGCUUGUCUGCAGCUGCUGUCGUUGCAGCUGUUGUUGCUGUUGACACAUUAAUGUGUUUCUCUGGCCUUUUUCUCCAUUUCGUUCAGAAGGCUAUUAUUUCAUUCACACAAAUGCCUGGAGAGUACACACACAUUUCCACGGCUGUGUAACUAUGUAAUGGUGUGUGUGUGUGUGUGCGCGAGUGUGCGCGAGUGUGCGUAUGUGUUUGCCUGUUUUAUUAUGGGACAGAAUAUGGUUACAGUGAAUGGUGAUGACAGAGUGGAGAGAACGAUAGCUUGGUCAAACAGUCUUUGGAAAACAGGGUACGGCUCAAAAAGGCACAAUAUUCAAUACAGAAGAAUACAAUCCACUUCCUCUUCUUGCUACUAUCCUAUUCUCCCUCGUUCUCUGCCUCUGCCUCUCCCUCUCUCUGUCAUUUCGUCUUUCUUGCGCUGUUUCUCUUACUUUUACACACACAACUCUCUCUCUCUCUCCCCAUUUCUCUCUCUCCUUUCCUCUCUUCUCUCCUUUCGCCCCUUUCCCAUCGGUGCGCUCUCUCCUCUUCUCUCAACAGCGUCUUGCUGCUCUCUACUCUUCGCUCUCGCGUCACUCUCGCUCUCGCUCCGAUCCUCCCCCCCCACUCUCCCGUCCCGCCUCUCUACUCUCUUCCUCUUUCUCUCCCCCCUCAGUCGCACGUCCCCCUUACCCCUUCGACGCCGCUAUUCUCGAUCUUCUCCCUCUUCUCUCCUUCUCUCUCACUCCUCUCUCUCUCUCUCUCUCGCUCUCUCUCCUCUCUCUCUCUCUUCUCUCUCUCUCUCUCUCGUCUCUCUCACCUUCUCUCUCUGUCUCUUUCAGGCUGUGGGGUCUCAGAGACAUAGUGGUUAAUAGAAUGAAGGAGUUGAAAGUGAAAAGGAUCACUUUUCAUUUGGACUUCAGGUCUUUCUCCCCCUUCUCUCUAUUCUUAAUAGAUUGGCUUUGAGUUCCCGCAGACCCUGAGAGAGCGACCUGGGGCAGUUCAGUAUAAAGCACCGGCCCUUUGAACGCGUCACAGUCCAUUACACACACACACACACACACACACACACACACACACACACACACACACACACACACACACUCACUCACUCACUCACUCACUCACUCACUCACUCACUCACUCACUCACUCACUCACUCACUCACUCACUCACUCACUCACUCACUCACUCACUCACUCACUCACUCACUCACUCACUCACUCACAUACACACACACACACACACACACUAACUGGACUUGUCUGGAUGAGGGGAGAAAUACAUACAUAUAUGCAUGGGUAAAUGGAAAUGGGAGGUCUGAUGUGAGGCUUAGGAAGGUAUGAGAAAGAACGAAAGAAGGUAAGCUAAGGCACCUAAAUGAAUAAAGAGGAAGAUAUAGGAGGGCUGGAGCAGAGCUUGAAGGAGAGGAAGAAAAUGAUGAUGAAAUGACAGUCUCAGAAAUCAAGGAGACAAGAGAGAGUGAUGGAAGAGGGAGAGAGAGGGAUAAGGAUGAAUUUGAUGGAGAGAGCAGAGGGGGAGGUGGAGAGAGAUUUAGGACUCAGGAGGGACUGAAGAGAAGUGGAGGGCUGGAAACUCUCAUCUCUUUAUUGGGCUAUAUCUAUCCUUAUAUCACCAAGUCAACAACAUCAAUUUCUCCUCCUUUUUCUAUGAAUAUAGCUAUUUGUUUACAUUACGGUUAGAUUCAUGUAAACAAAUGAAAGGGGAGAAAGGAAUACAUUUUCUUAUUCCGGAGAUGAGCUUUGCCUGAGAGUGUCCUUCUCCUCCAGUAAGUGUAUCGAUUGUGUCUGUGUUUUUGUUUCUGAUAUGGACAUAAUAGCUUUUAUUAAUCACACAUUCAAUUAUCCAAUAAAAGGCCUGUGUUAGCGGCCCACUGAUUCAACUCAUCAAGGGGAGUGGAGUGGGAGAGAGGGAGGGGAGGAGAGAGAGAGAGGAGGAGGGCACUUGUAGCCAUUUUUAAUCACUCUCUCUCUCUCUGUACUUUUAUCUCCCUGCAACAGUUGUCUUUAUCUUCUCAGUGUGGGGAGAAGCCACCACAAUAUGUUGCGUAUUUAAAAAGUACUUAGGAUUAUGGGAAUAUAUAAUUGAAACAGAAAAAUAUGAGAAUAAGUCAAAGAAGGAGUGAUUAGGAGUGUUUGUCUGUUAUUCACUGGUUUAGAAGGGUAUAAUCAACUCACUGUUUGGUUUUAAGAGUGUUGUUGUCCUCAUUUUGCUAAUAAUAGCGUCAGUCGAGAGGCUAAGCCAAGCUAACAUAUUUACACUGCCUAUGCUAAGCUAGCUAAUGCACUCACUGAGCCGAAGUUAAAUCAUCAGAAUGGCUACGCUAAGCUAAUUUAAUCACACUGUGUGAUCGAUUAGCACCAUUUGUACGUGGAUGGGCAGGUUGUAAAGGAAAAUGAAAUGGACUGCUGCGUCGCCACAACCUUAUUUCCCUCAGAGAGAGAGAGAAAGAAACAAAGCGAGAGAAACGGAGAGAGAGACUCAAAAAGAGCGAGAGAGAAAGAACAGAGAGAAACUUUCUGACUUUGAAUUUCUGUGAAUAAUUACCUAUCAAUGACUGUUUGUUUCUCCUUAAUUCUCCUUAUUUAACUUUAGAAAGCCUCUUCUAGUGGUGAGGAGUUCAUAUGUACAGUGGGGGAAAAAAGUAUUUAGUCAGCCACCAAUUGUGCAAGUUCUCCCACUUAAAAAGAUGAGAGAGCCCUGUAAUUUUCAUCAUAGGUACACGUCAACUAUGACAGACAAAUUGAGGAAAAAAAAAUCCAGAAAAUCACAUUGUAGGAUUUGUUAUGAAUUUAUUUGCAAAUUAUGGUGGAAAAUAAGUAUUUGGUCACCUACAAACAAGCAAGAUUUCUGGCUCUCACAGACCUGUAACUUCUUCUUUAAGAGGCUCCUCUGUCCUCCACUCGUUACCUGUAUUAAUGGCACUUGUUUGAACUUGUUAUCAGUAUAAAAGACACCUGUCCACAUCCUCAAACAGUCACACUCCAAACUCCACUAUGGCCAAGACCAAAGAGCUGUCAAAGGACACCAGAAACAAAAUUGUAGACCUGCACCAGGCUGGGAAGACUGAAUCUGCAAUAGGUAAGCAGCUUGGUUUGAAGAAAUCAACUGUGGGAGCAAUUAUUAGGAAAUGGAAGACAUACAAGACCACUGAUAAUCUCCCUCGAUCUGGGGCUCCACGCAAGAUCUCACCCCGUGGGGUCAAAAUGAUCACAAGAACGGUGAGCAAAAAUCCCAGAACCACACGGGGGGACCUAGUGAAUGACCUGCAGAGAGCUGGGACCAAAGUAACAAAGCCUACCAUCAGUAACACACUACGCCGCCAGGGACUCAAAUCCUGCAGUGCCAGACGUGUCCCCCUGCUUAAGCCAGUACAUGUCCAGGCCCGUCUAAAGUUUGCUAGAGUGCAUUUGGAUGAUCCAGAAGAGGAUUGGGAGAAUGUCAUAUGGUCAGAUGAAACCAAAAUAUAACUUUUUGGUAAAAAAUCUACUCGUCGUGUUUGGAGGACAAAGAAUGCUGAGUUGCAUCCAAAGAACACCAUACCUACUGUGAAGCAUGGGGGUGGAAACAUCAUGCUUUGGGGCUGUUUUUCUGCAAAGGGACCAGGACGACUGAUCCGUGUAAAGGAAAGAAUGAAUGGGGCCAUGUAUUGUGAGAUUUUGAGUGAAAACCUCCUUCCAUCAGCAAGGGCAUUGAAGAUAAAAUGUGGCUGGGUCUUUCAGCAUGACAAUGAUCUCAAACACACCGCCCAGGCAACGAAGGAGUGGCUUCGUAAGAAGCAUUUCAAGGUCCUGGAGUGGCCUAGCCAGUCUCCAGAUCUCAACCCCAUAGAAAAUCUUUGGAGGGAGUUGAAUGUCCGUGUUGCCCAGCGACAGCCCCAAAACAUCACUGCUCUAGAGGAGAUCUGCAUGGAGGAAUGGGCCAAAAUACCAGCAACAGUGUGUGAAAACCUUGUGAAGACUUACAGAAAAUAUUUGACCUGUGUCAUUGCCAACAAAGGGUAUAUAACAAAGUAUUGAGAAACUUUUGUUAUUGACCAAAUACUUAUUUUCCACCAUAAUUUGCAAAUAAAUUCAUUACAAAUCCUACAAUGUGAUUUUCUGGAUCUCAUUUUGUCUGUCAUAGUUGACGUGUACCUAUGAUGAAAAUUACAGGCCUCUCUCAUCUUUUUAAGUGGGAGAACUUGCACAAUUGGUGGCUGACUAAAUACUUUUUUCCCCCACUGUAUCUGAAUUGGGCUGGAUAACUUUAAAGUCCUUCACUGUGUUGGUUGGCUUUCACAUUGUUUUACUUAGCGAAGCCAAUUCUAAAGUUUCAUGUCUUACAGUUUUGUAGGGGAUUUUUCUGACUUUGAGGCCAGAGUUGGUAGUUGGGUAGCGAAGUAGCCUCAGUUUGGAUGAAAAUGCCUUCCAGAUGUCGACCCUAACACCUCCAAUACGGCAUAAACAAUGUGAGGAGAAACUGUAUUGCAAAAACUCCCAUUGAGUUCCGUCCCCAUGUCUUCCAGAGUUAGCAUGUUAAUGCUUCAAGUCACACUGACUCCUACUUGAACCGUCUGCUCACUCCCUUGUGGGCUCGUAAACCAAAUGAGGCUCAAAAGGCAGCAGUUUAAAACAGCACUUUUUUUCUCUCCUCUCUUUUUCAUUCCAUGUGAGAAAAACCACAUGACUCAGCAGCACGACAAAAGCAGAUUUUUUGUAACCUUGGAGGGGCUGAAGGCAGAGCUGAAGGCAGAACUGAAUGCAGAGCAAAGCCAAGCAGUUUAGUGGCAUUUAGCUGGUUCUGUAGUGAGGUCUGAGAACAGGCUGUCAUUUAUAGUAGCAGAGAGGGGGUGGGAGAGAGAAGGAGUGGGAGGUAGAGAGGUAGAAAGACAUACAGAAGGAGAGGAGAAAAGGGAGGGAGAGAUGAGAAAGACAGAAAUUAGAAUACCUUGAGGAGAAAGUACAGUAGGAAAAAGGAUAUUGGACCAACAGAAAGGGAUGUGGGAAUUAUGUAGAGAAAGGGACAGAGGGAAGGAAACAGGGGAAUUGGGAUGGGAGAGAGAGGGACAGAGGGAAGGAGACAGGGGAGUUGGGAUGGGAGAGAGGGGGACAGAGGGAAGGAGACAGGGAAGUUGGGAUGGGAGAGAGAGGGACAGAGGGAAGGAAACAGGGGAGUUGGGAAGGGAGAGAGAGGGACAGAGGGAAGGAAACAGGGGAGUUGGGAUGGGAGACGAGAGGGACAGAGGAAGGAGGGCAGGGGGAGUGGGGGAGGAGGGGAGAGAGAGGGACAGGGAAGGAGACAGUGGAGUUAGGAUGGGAGAGCGAGAGAGGGACAGAGGGAAGGAGAAAGGGGAGUUGGGAUGGGGAAGAGAGACAGAGGGAAGGAAACAGGGAGUUGGGAUGGGAGAGAGGAGAGCAGAGGGACAGGGAGAGACGGGAGUUGGGAUGGGAGAGAAGAGGGACAGGAGUGGGAUGGGAGAAGGCUGAGUGGGGUUGGGAGGUGGGAUGGAGAGAGGGAAGAGGGAAGGAGACGGGAGUUGGGAUGGAAGUGAAGGAGCAGAGGGAAGGAGACAGGGGAGUUGGGAGGGAAGGAGAGAGAGGAAUAGGGGAAGGAGGGACAGGAGGGGAGUUGGGAUGGGAGAGAGAGAGGGACAGAGGGAAGGAGAAAGGGGAGUUGGGAUUGGGAGAGAGAGGGACAGAGGGAAGGAAAAGGGGAGUUGGGAGGGAGGGGAGAGAGAGGGACAGAGGAAGGAGAAGGGGAGUUGGGAUGGGAGAAGAGAGGGAGAGGAAGGGACAGGGAGGGUGAAGGGGAGUAGGAUGGGAUGAGCGAGAGAGGGACAGAGGGAAGGAGAAAGGGGAGUUGGGAUGGGAGAGAGACAGAGGGAAGGAAACAGGGGAGUUGGGAUGGGAGAGAGAGGGACAAGAGGAAGGAAAGGAGGAGUGGUGGGUUCAGAGAGACGGGACUAGUGGCUUAACGGUGAUUGGAUGGUAGUUUUGCUAGCCCUGACAGAUCGACCCAGAGGUAAGGAAAAGGGGAUGUGUGGGAUGGGCCAGACACAGAGGACCAAGGGACAGCCCGAAACUUAGGAGUUUGGAUGGAGAGGAAGAAGGAUACUGGGAGUUGUACGAGACACGGAAGGUGGGACUUGAGAAAAAAAUAGAGCAAUUACAAUUUGUCGAUGCAGAGAAGUAGAGAGAGAGUAAAAGAGAGAAAGGGAGGAGAGGCUGGCUUCACAGAGGUCUUGAAAUAUCCGUCUCCUCUCUGCUGUGUUGUGAUGUUAUCUUCCCUCUCUAUCUCCUCAUCAGCACAGGGUAGAGGCCGAUAAGACUGUCUGCUCUGCUGCUCGGCACACACACACACAGCCAAAGUCACAGCUACAAGAUACAUGGCAGGUUUGUAGUGCAUUGAUGUGUAAAAAUGUCAUACUGGGAGGCUUUUUCACAAACUGUAGCACCACUUAUUGUUCUCUUGGUUGAAGUAGAACGUUUUCACUCUUCUGGGUCACUGUCUUACCAAUACUGCAACUACUGUAUCAGAGAGGAGGGAGGUAAAGGGAAGACUGUGUCAACCUCUCUGACUUUCAUGCAUCUUGUUUCAUGCAUCUUGUCCACAUGGUUCGAUUUUGGGUCCAGUACUGUUCAGUUUAUAUAUGAUACCCCUUGUCAGCGUUAUCAGAAAGCACAGCAUUGAUUUUCACUGCUACGCAGACGAUACACAACUUUACAUACACUACCAGUCAAAAGUUUUAGAACACCUACUCAUUCAAAGGUUUUAAUUUAUUUUUACUAUUUUCUACAUUGUAGAAUAAUACUAAAGACAUCAAAACUAUGAAAUAACACAUAUGGAAUCAUGUAGCAACCCAAAAAAGUGUUAAAUAAAUCAAAAUAUAUUUUAUAUUUGAGAUUCUUCAAAUAGCCACCCUUUGCCUUGAUGACAGCUUUGCACACUCUUGGCAUUCUCUCAACCAGCUUCAUGAGGUACUCACCUGGAAUGCAUUUAAGUUAACAGGUUUGCCUUCUUAAAAGUCAAUUUGUGGAAUUUAUUUCCUAAUUAAUGCGUUUAAGCCAAUCACUUGUGUUGUGACUAGGUAGGGGGGUAUACAGAAGGUAGCCCUAUUUGGUAAAAUACCAAGUCCAUAUACAUUUACAUUUACGUAAUUUAGCUGACGCUCUUUUCCAGAGCGACUUACAGUUAGUGAGUGCAUACAUUAUUAUUUUCAUACUGGCCCCCCGUGGGAAACGAACCCACAACCCUGGCGUUGCAAACGCCAUGCUCUAUCAACUGAGCUACCUCCCUGCCUGCCAUUCCCUCCCCUACCCUGGACGACGCUGGGCCAUAUUAUAGCAAGAACAGCUCAAAUAAGCAAAGAGAAACGACAGUCCAUCAUUACUUUAAGACAUGAAGGUCAGUCAAUAGGGACAAUUUCAAGAACUUUUAAAAUUUCUUCAAGUGCAGUUGCAAAAACCAUCAAGCGCUAUGAUGAAACUGUCCCUCAUGAGGACCACCACAGGAAUGGAAGACCCAGAGUUACCUCUGUUGCAGAGGAUAAGCUCAUUAGAGUUACCAGCCUCAGAAAUUGCAGCCCAAAUAAAUGCUUCACAGAGUUCAAGUAACAGACACAUCUCAACAACAACUGUUCAGAGGAGACUGUGUGAAUCACGCCUUCAUGGUCAAAUUGCUGCAAAAAAAACACUACUAAAGGACACCAAUAAUAAGAAGAGACUUGCUUGGGCCAAGAAACAUGAGCAAUGGACAUUAGACCAGUGGAAAUGUGUCCUUUGGUCUGAGUCCAAAUUUGAGAUUUUUGAUUCCAACCGCCGUGUCUUUGUGAGACGCGGUGUGGGUGAACGGAUUAUCUCCACAUGUGUAUUUCCCACCAUAAAGCAUGAAGGAGGAGGUGUUAUGGUGUGGGGGUGCUUUGCUGGUGACACUGUCUGUGAUUUAAUUAGAUUUCAAGGCACACUUAACCAGCAUGUCUACCGCAGCAUUCUGCAGUGAUAGGCCAUCCCAUCUGGUUUGGGCUUAGUGGGACUAUCAUUUGUUUUUCAAUAGGACAAUGACCCAACACACCUCCAGGCUGUGUAAGGGCUAUUUUACCAAGAAGGAGAGUGAUGGAGUGCUGCAUCAGAUGACCUGGCCUCCACAAUCCCCUGACCUCAACCAAAUUGAGAUGGUUUGGGAUGAGUCGGACCACAGAGUGAAGGAAAACAGCCAACAAGUGCUCAGCAUAUGUGGGAACUCCUUCAAGAUUGUUGGAAAAGUAUUACAGGUGAAGCUGGUUGAGAGAAUGCCAAGAGUGUGCAAAGCUGUCAUCAAGGCAAGGGGUGGCUAUUUGAAGAAUCUCAAAUCUCAAAUAUAUUUUGAUUUGUUUAACACGUGUUAUUUCUUAGUUUUGAUGUCUUCACUAUUAUUCUACAAUGUAGAAAAUAGUAAAAAUAAAGAAAAUCCCUUGAAUGAGUAGGUGUUCUAAAACUUUUUGACCGGUAGCGUAUCUGUGUCACCAGAGGAUUUUAGCUCCACGGAUAAAUUAUUAGACUGUAUUAGUUAUUUAAAUAUUUGGAUUGCUCACAAUUUUCUCCAGCUAAAUCAAGACAAGACUGAGAUACUUAUUGUUGGAGCCAAAGCACAGAAAGAUAAUCUAGCCACACAUUUUAAAUUCACAGGAAAUAAAGAUAAAACACCAUGAAAAAAACCUAGGCGUUAUUUUAGAUUCUGAACUCAUUUUCAAAUCACACAUUAGGAAUGUGACCAAAAUAGCUUUUUACCACCUGAGGAACAUUGCCAAGGUGUGUCAGUUUUUCUCUCAGGUUGAUACAGAGAGACUCAUCCAUGCUUUUAUUAUAAGCAGGAUUGACUACUGUAAUGCUCUCCUGUCUGGUCUACCAAAGAAAGCCAUUGGUCAACUGCAAAACAUACAGAAUGCUGCAGUACGGGUACUGACCAAGACCAGAUGGAGAGCACAUAUUACACCGGUUUUAAGGUCUCUGCACUGGCUGCCUGUGAGUUUUAGAAUUAAUUGUAAGAUUAUUCUAUUGGUUUUUAAAUCAAUCCACAAUUGUGCACCCCAAUACAUGUCAGACAUGCUUUUAAGUUAUGUACCCAGUAGGUCCCUCAGGUCCUCUGGCACUGGCCUUUUAACUAUCCCAAAGCCUAGGACUAAGAGGCAUGGAGAGACAGCCUUUAGUUAUUAUGCCCCCAGCCUCUGGAAUAACCUGCUAGAGAACCUGAGGGGGGCUGAAACUGUGGACAUAUUUAAGAGAACUUAAAACACACCUUUUUAGCUUUGGUUUUCCUUAGUGUGCUUUUUAGUUGUUCAGUUUUUAUUGUUAUUCUUUUGUUUUUUAUCAUCUUACAGUAUGUUUGUUGUGUAGUGAAUAUUAAAGUUUUUAUUUUCAUUGUUUUUAUUAGUUUUUUCAUGUGAAGCACAUUGAAUUCCAUGUCUGAAAUGUGCUGUAUAAAUAAAGCUUAAUUAGAUUUUCCUCUCUUCUCCUCCUCAGAUAGAUCGUAAUCUCUUAUCUCAUCCUGGCAACUGAGAAACGUUGUUUUAUUUUCUCUUGAAAGGGGAUGCAUCAGCUUGUGUUUCAUUUCUACUACGAGUGUUUUUCCUCAGGGUCCUUAAGUGUUACGGUGACUUUCUGAACUAAAGUUACUCCGGAAGAUACUGUUAGAUUGAAUUGUUCUUUAUUGGCGCUGUCUGUCAGACUUUUUUGGGUUACCGAGAGUUUUUAAUUAUGAAGAAAAAUAAUAUUAUAUAUAUUCUCAAAUGUAAUUUAUGACAUGAAGUUUCCUAAAACUAUCAAUGUUUCCUGUUCUGCAAGUAUUUCCUUAUGUCUGUUCAAAAUGUAUCCUACUACUACACUACACUCAACCCAACAUGCUGUCAUAUACGCUUCAAUGGACUUGGGCCGGUAACAAAUGGAACCCUCGCAAAUUCUGCUACCUCGUAUUCCUCAUCUCAUCCUGUCUGAUAAAACCAAAAGCCUUUAUGUAAGCAAGGCUCACAAUCUAAUGAAGUUCCUCUUAGCAUUUCCCUCGAACAUCGUCCUCUCACAAAGCAAUCACACAGUCCGAUAGGCAUCAGAGUCCCCCUGGGGUCCUGGCUAUAUUAAAACAAGAAUAAUUACCCUGGUACAUGUUGUCCUGCUUUCCUCCUCUUCCUCUCCCAUAGUGGAUGUUUUGGCAAUAAUGUUAGUGAGGUCGUUUAGAAACGGACCCCUAGUCCUUACUGGACUAACUGGCCUGUAGUGAUUAAUUGUGUGUGUGUGUGUGUGUGCGUGCGUGCCAUGCACGUGUGUGUGUGUGAGAAAGAGGGAGGAUGUGGGGGUAGAAAGAAAGAGGAUAGUAGAGAGUGUGAGUUUGAGUUAGUGAAAUAGAAUGCAGGGAGAGAGCGAAUCAGAGUGUGUGUGUGUGUGUGUGUUUGUGUGAUAGAGAGAGAGAGAGUGUGUGUGAUAUGAUUUGACAUUAGUGAGUCAUCUGAUGAAGACUGCAGGCUGCUGUGUCGUGAACAGCGCUGGUUGAACGCCUCGCUUUAUUCUGGAUCACUCAGAUAAUUUCACUUUAACCUCCGGGAAAUGUCUCAUUUGACCUGCCGUUACUGCCUUCGAUCGAUGCUCUGUUUUCAUUUCUCUCGAUUCUUCUCUCUCGCUACCUCUCUCUCUAUCCUCUCAAUCUCUCAUUCUCCCUUUCAAUGAGAGAAGGCCAGACAGGGAGCACGUUCUAAAUUGCUGCCGUCACCGGAAUGAGAUUUUUGUUUACGACGAGGAGAGUGUGUAUGAUUAUGUGUGCGUCCAGACCCUGUUCCUUUGAAUGUAAAAUGUCUGAUUUUAGAAUGAAAGGCGGAGUUGAUUAAAGUGAAAUGUAAGUGAAGUGUUUGACUUGUUUGAUAUGGAGAUGGUAGGUCAGUGGGGGAUAGGCUAUCAAAGUAAUCUGAACCGAGGGAAAUACAGAGUUCACAUACAGUUCACAGCAUUGAUGGUACUGGGAGAUGUCAACUCUGAUUCCAAUACAGGCACUUAUACUUCGACUGAGGCAUUUGAACGUCUAGAGAUAUAGACAUUCAUUACAGUACCUAUCAUUUAGAUAAAAAUUACAUCAUUAUUGCUUGAGUUCACUAAUAUAGUCUACAAUGCUGUUUGAUCAAAUCGGGCAGAAUCCAAACUUUUCUUACAGUUAUGAAAUAACUAAUUUAUGAGUUGUGGAUCUCAAGUUAGGAGUAAGACAUUUUGAGUAAGACAUUCAUGUUAAAAAGAUACCAUGUAUUGACCAGUUCCUGUUUGUGUUUCUCCCCAGGCCUUGCGGUCGGAGCUGAAGGACCGUGAGCAUGUUGUGGUCAGUACGCUGGACCAGGCACGCAUGUACCUGGCUGACCAGCCCAUCGAGGGGCCGGGAGAACCACGCAAGAACCUACAGCCCAAAACAGGUGAGUCUCCUGUCACUGCCUAGCCUGAACACACACAUACACAGACACAGACACAGACACACACACACACACACACACACACACACACACACAACCUUACACACACAACCUUGAAAAGCAGCUCUGAUGUUCCCCAGUCCACUUGAUGAUUAUUUGUUGUGUGAUAUGAUGCUUAGAAUACACCCAAACACUAAAUAUGCACCAUAUUCCAUUAGUAAUUCUGUCUCUAAAGGCUGCUCGGCCCAAGCAGAUGAAACAGUGAAGUCGUUGCUACUAUACAUCAGCACAUUUCCUCUUUAACCAAGUCAGGAUGUUCAAUAAUGUAGCAGACCCCUGAGAUGAUCUGUGAUCUGGCCCUUCCGUGUCUUCUUUGAUGUAGUUAUCGAAGGCCUCUUGUCGAAUCAGUAUUUAAGAACUGCUCUGAGAGCUGUGAUGGGUAGGAUGGUUCCAUUCUGGUGCAUGUAAAAUCAGAAUGUGAAACUUAUCUGAAACCAACCCUAAAAUGACCUCAGAUGCUGUCACAGAAGUGUGUGUGUGUGGCUGUAGAGGGUAUAUCUGAUCUAAAACCUGUGACAGCUCAGAUGCUUUAGAGAGUAAAGACCAGUGACAACAGGGACACCUCUGUCUCCUCUAGUCAUGUCUGAACCCAGUGGCUGAGAAGACCUUAGUCUCAGGAUCCUCUCAGACCCAAUCAAACGCUCCCAGAGUUUCCCUGGCCUUUGUUUGCAUUUCAAACUUCUCAUUAUUAAAGCAGACAGCUCCCACGCUGGUCCUGUCUGGGGUGUGUGGCUAUCUAUUUCUGGCAGACUGACAAAUAGACAGACAGACGGACCCGCUGUAGAUACUCCCUUUUUGUUUAGUUUGGGUAUAAUGUGUAUAAUGAUGUUGUAUAUACAAGGUGCAUUUGUAAAAGAGACCUAGGUCUCAAUAUGUCUCAAUAAAAGUUAAAUAAAAAAAUAGAAAAUGUGUGCCUGUGUGUGCUUGCAUGCAUGCUUCAGAUCAGGGUGUUUGAGAUUUAGAUGGUCUCUGACACACUGAUUUACAUGUCAGGUCUGCAGACAAGAUCAACAUUUGGUCGUUCUCUUUAGAGUGAAUGUCUCGCUUCAAGUUGAAAUGCUUGCUUUUAUUCCACAACCAACUUCCCCCUUUUAAGAUGUUCAAGUCUUUGUCCUCUCUCUCUCUCUCUCUCUCUCUCUCUCUCCUCUCUAGGCCCCUCCGCGCUCCUCCUCCCCUUUGGGAAGCCAGUCCGCCUCGGAGUCAGAUGUUGUUCUGCUCUCCUCUCCUUCUUCUUCUAUCUUCCUCUCCUCUCUCUCUCUCUCUCUCCUCUCUCCCCUCUCUCCCCCUCCCCCUCUCUUCUCCCCCCUCUCCCACCUGACUCCAGAGGAGAAGGCGCGGGGUGUGGCCAGGGCCAUCAGGAAGCAGACAGCGGAAGUGCAGGAGCGUUGGGAGCGUCUGCAGGGCCACGCGGGGGGCUGGCAGAGCCAGGUAGAGAAGGCUUUAGAGAGGCUACAGGAGCUACAGAGCAACAUGGACCAGCUGGACCUGCGGCUAGCCAGGGCAGAGGAGACCAAGGCUGGCUGGCAGCCUGUAGGAGACCUGCUCAUAGACUCACUGCAGGACCACAUAGCGAAGACCACGGUGAGAGGGGUGACUGGAGAGUUACUGGUUUAUUAAUGGGGGAGAGAGGAAAGGUGUUUUUACAUUCACUACAAUACAUUUAGGGCCAACAAGGACUUGCUGGUAGGUACUAGUAGGUAGUAAUUGGCCUGUACAUACAGUACGUCAAUGGCCAAAAAUGAAUAACCUGUCACCAUCGGCUCAGGUAUUACCCCAGCACUGUAGUAUGUACAGUAUCAGGACAAUGUCACAAUUAAGACUAAACACUGUACUGAUAAUGUAAUGUACAUCUGCCCACAGCAAAACACUGAUCUGAGUAUUUUGUUUGUGUGUCCCAUGUGUGUGUGUCCCAGACCUUCAAGGAGGAGAUGUCCCCUCUGAGGCAGGACAUGCGUGUGGUGAACGAGCUGUCUGGUGAGCUGGCUUCCUCUGGAUGUCCAGCUGUCCUCCAUCUCCUCCAGACAACUGGAUGA